AUGGCCGCGGGCUGGCCGGAGGUGGGCUACGUCUGCCAGCCCGCGAAGCGCCUCCUGCGGCGCGGCGGCGGCAGCGUGGGGUGGUGUGGGCUGCUGUUUCACCUCGAUUCGGCCGAGGUGAGCGUGGAGUGGGCCCGCAUGCGGGCCGCCGUCCGGGCGAUCGAGGCCGCCACCCGCCAGGGCUCCAUCGCGGGCCUCGUCGGCUUUACCCAUCGCCUGAUGGAUGUGCUGCGGCAGCGUACCCCUUUCACGGCGUUUUGCGCCCGCAUUAACAGCAAACCCCGCGUCGUUCAGACCGUUUAUGAGAUGGGCCUGAUCUGGUCGAGGCGGGUUCUACGGCAGGUCAAACUCACCCUGAGAAAGGGCCUACUGCUCGAUGGCGGCGGCGCGAUCCUCGCGAGGCCGCUGAACGCCUUCCUUCGACUUCUCCGGCGGUUAUGCGCGCAGCGCCACGCCCGUCUGGUCGCUUGCAAUUCGCGAAGCGCGAUCGCCUCGGCCGAGGUGGAUCUUUGCGCGGUGUUCGCCCUUCAUCGGGUUCUACAGGGCGCGCUGCGCUCGCUGUUGGCGAAUGGCCCGGCGGCGCCGCAUCCUCGCGGCGUGGCCGCCCUUUCCCAUCCGUGGGAUGCCGACCCCAACUUUCAAAUUCAACCGUCAGGCCGCUCUCGGGGGCGAUCCCAUCGCAUCCGCGAGCGCCGUGUGUGGUGGGUGUUAACGAAAUUCGUCUCGCAGCGCCUGAGCCGCUUGCUCAGGCGCGCUGCGCGUACGACUAAGACGGAUUCCCAUGUCGAUCCGGAUGGCGGUGAGGUCUCUUCUACGGGCCUGUCCGUGGUUGAACUGUUGGUCGCUACUGGCCCUCAAUCGAUCUCACGCAGCGCGGUAGCGGCGCUUAAGCUUUAA